AUGGAAAAAAAAAAAUAUAAUACCAAACAAAUAUUUUCGAUGAUAAAUAAUUUAUUCCCUAAAACAAACUUACAAUAUACAUAUAUAAAUACAUUUAUAUUAUGUUUAUUUUUUACAUUUAUACAUAAAUAUCUAGAUCAAACAUUACCAUCCUUAUAUAAAUCAAUUGAAAAAGAUUUUAGUAUCGAUGUUAAAACUUUAUAUUAUAUGAAUUCUAUUUAUAAAUUAGCAUAUUCUGCUUCAAAUUUUUUUUUUGCAAUUUUUUUCGAUUUUUCUUUUAAAAAAAUUGUAUCUUUUAAACAUGAUGAAAAUAGUGAAAAUAGUGGAAAUAAUGAAAAUAAUGAAAAUAGUGAAAAUAGUGAAAAUAGUGAAAAUAGUGAAAAUAAUGAAAAUAGUGAAAAUAAUGAAAAUAGUGAAAAUUUAGUCAAAAGCUCAAACCCAAACAAUAAUGAUCAUUCUGGUAAAAUUCGAUAUGAAGUAAAUUUUAAUAAUGAAAAUGAGUCUAGAGAUAUUGGAAAAUUUAAUUAUGAUGAGAAAAAAAACAAACAAAAUAGAGAAGAUAAUAAUGAACCAUAUGUAAAUAGAUUUCCUUUACAAGAUGAAAUAACUAUAAGUGAAUAUGAAUACACAUUAAAUGUUCUUUUUAUUUCGUUAAUUAUUUAUAUAAUAGUUAUAUUUGGAAUUACAAUUUCUAAUAAUUAUAUAUAUAUAUUUUUUUUUUUAUUUAUUAUGGGUAUGAAUAAUUCAUGUAUAUACAUAUUAAUACAAAAAAUAUAUACUAAUCAUGUAUUUAGUGAAAAUAGAAGUACCAUAUAUGGUUUUCUACAUUUUUUCACAUCAAUAUCACAUAUGCUAUCAAUAUUUAUAAAUACAAAUUUGAGUAAUAAAUUAUAUUUUGGAUUUAAAGGGUGGCGUCUUUGUUAUUUUAUUAUUUUACUUUUUCCUUUCCUCGUUUCAAUAUUUUUAUUCAAAUUAAUUAAAAAUAACAAACUGAAAAAAAAGGCGCUUCAAAAUAAAAACAAAAACCAAAACCAGAACCAAAACAAAAACCAAAACCAGAACCAAAACAAAAACCUCUCAUUUAUGACCCCCCUUGAAAAUUUGACAGAUAUGGGCAUUCAGAAUGAUAAACAAAAUUUCAAAAGAACAAGCAAAUAUUUAAAUGGAAAGGAAAAUGGGCUUAAUGAAGAAAACGUUUUUUUAAUUUCUAGAAACGAGCAACCCUGGAAUGUAAAAAUUAAAAAUUUGGAAGCUGGUGGAGGGCAUAAUAUUACUGAAACGGUGCGUUCGCGAAGUGGCAGUAAACAUGUCGGGGCUAAACAUGUCGGGGCUAAAAAUGGUGGCAGUAAAAAUGGUGGCAGUAAAAAUGAUGGCAGUAAAAAUACAAGUGAUGAUAAUCAUUCUAUUUCAAUUUUUCAAAAAAAUGAACAUGAUAGUUUAAUAUCAAAAGAAAAAAAAAAAAAAAAUGAAUUUAUUUAUGAAUUUGCAUAUUUAUAUGAAAUAAAAUAUGUUUUAAAAAAUUACAGUUUUUGGAUACUUAUAUCUAUGGGAAUGUUAAAUGGAAUACCAAGACAUGUUCUAAGUUUAAUGAUAUAUUUUUUUCAAUAUUGCAACAUUUCUGAUUUCAAAAGCGGAUUAAUUAUAUCAGUAAGUUGGCUAUGUGCAAGUAUAGUAUCUCCAUUUAUUGGUAUUAUAAGUGAUUAUAUUUAUAAAUUAAAUAAAGAUAUAAAUAGACAAUUAAUAGGUAUGUGCACACACUUUUUAAGAAUUAUAUUAAUGUUUAUUAUGUUUUUUUUUAUUCCAAAAGAACCAGAAUCUUUUAUAUAUUAUAUAAUUAUUUCAUUAUUUAUGGGAAUAUUAAGUGGUUGGGUAAAUAUCGGUGCACAUAAACCAAUACUAAUAGAAAUUGUUAAGCAGAAACAUACAGCUUUUGUAAUGUCAUUAAUGAGUGCAUUUGAAAAUAUAGGAUCCUCAAUUUUAGGUACAAUUCUUUUAGAUUUUUUUUUAAAUAAAUAUAAUUAUAUUGAUAAGAGAAAAGUAAAUUAUAUAACACCAAAUAUAAAUAAACAUAAUGUCAAUAUUUUAUCUCAUGUAUUGCUAAUUAUGACUUGUUUUCCUUGGCUUAUUUCUUUUGGUCUUUUAUAUAUUCUUAAAUAUACAUAUAAAAAAGAUAAAAUAUACAACAAUAUAAUUUAA